UGGGGGCAAAUGCUUGGUGUUCACACUUCACAAUAGCGGGGAUUGUUCCACCAAUGAUGAAUGGCACAAACCGAUCUUUUCUCAUCUUUCUUUUUUUAUUUUCCUGAAACGUGUUGUGUGUAUCAGAAACCAACCGGGCGAAACGCAUUCUACGUGUAAGAAAUCCAAGUGAUGAGAAGAGUCUCUAGCCGAUUCCACCACUUUUCUAUUGCAAUUUCCCUGCAAAAAUGCCAAAUUCAGAACAAUAUGAUCUUCCCCUUUUUUUCGUAUCUUUCUAGAAUUCCAUAUUCCCAGCUUUCUUCCAUUUUCUUUCCCUUCUCACUUUUCUCCACAACCACCAGCUGUUCGAUUAAAUUACCAUGACAAGGAGUUGCUUGCAACCAUGGAGGAACUGCGAGGAGUAUUUGGCACAAGCUCGAGUUUCACUUUGCGACUGGGGCAGGCCGGUUUCUCCGCCGCUUCGCUUCUCUUUUUGUGCUUCCAUGUUGAAUUCUAUAUGUACUCUGCUCACUGCUAUUCCAUUACAGUUAUGAGUUUGGUAAUUCCUUGGAGUGUGACAUUGUUAGUGGUUGAUGCAUAUUCUCUCCUCAUAAAUUGUUUACCACGUCAACGGAGAAUCAUAAGGAUCAUCUUCUUGGGAGACUUGUGUCUGUCAUACCUCUCACUAGCUGCAGCUUGUUCAACAGCCAGCGUCACAGAUUUGCUGCAACAUGCUGGUGGAUCCAUGUGCCCCAUAAUGUCUUGCAAUGGAUUUCGAUGGUCUGCUGCUAUGUCCUUCUUGUGUUGGUCUCUUUUAUCAGCUUCCUGUCUUUUUAAUUUCUGGCUCCUCCCUUCCCUGUAAAUUUUAUAGUUCGCUGUUGAUAUGUUCAGCAAUAAGGUGGGAUCAAACCCAUAAGCUGCUAUUAUUUUGUUCCUCAGUGACUGAACUCUGCUAAGUAUAGGCAUUGUUAGACAAUAAUGCAAUGACUAAUACUUUGUUUUUGACUUUUAAGAUACAAUAGAAACGCGGAAAA